AUGAACUUUAUCAAAAAGUUUUGGGGUGCGGAGAGUGCGCCUGAAACGGAAUUGGCCUCGAUCCCUGGCGCAUUGAACUUGGUCAGAGGUCCUAAUAGUCCGAAAAGCAGUUUUGAAUGCAUCUACCCGGACGCAGAGCUCUCUCUCAUGGAAGCAGAUGGAGGACAUCGCCUCGUCGCGCAUCAAGUUUUUGAGGAGGGUGCUGUUUUUGAUGAUGAAGACCCAGAGUUAUGCGAAUUGGAGAACCAGCGCCUUUUCUUAGUUGAUGAAUUCCUCAAAAUUGCGUAUUCCGCUAGGGACAGCGCCACCGUUAUUUCAUGGCGAGAUCCCGACGGUGAUGAUGAGGAUCGAUUCGAAUUCGUUUGCGAGAAAAAUGUACCAGCAGGUAUUCUGGACAUGUUUGAUAUUACUGCUCGACGUGCCCAGUAUGAAAGAAAGUACGGAAAGCCUCCCGCCAGCAACGCUGACCUUGAGGAGUUUAAUUUCGAUGAAGUGAUUGACACUGGAGUGCCAUUACAUGCAAGCGAGGAGCGCAAGGAUAAGGAGGAACAGAAAGGAAGCGAAAAGCAGGUGGUUCAUCCAUUCACUGACGGAAAAAGUCUUGUUGAAAAGGAAUGCACACUUUAUUUCUACGACGCUUCUACGAACACAUUUGUUAUUCAAGAGAGCAAUGUCAAGGUUGUACUUUUGGAGACUGACAAGUUUGAAUUCUGGAUUGAAGUACGUAGCCAUGAUUCGGCGAUUCUUGGUGUUGAUCUCCGGGACGCUGUCACGCCCGUCUUCAGCCACGAGUCGGUAUCUUUCAUCUUCAACCUGCUGUUGGAGAAUAAGACUGCUGUGUCUUAUCUUAUUCGAUUCGCUGAGGAAGAGGAUCUUGCGGCGUUUGAACAAGCUUACAAUAUUGCAACCUGGGAGUUCCAGAACAAAGCUUCGUGGAAAACUCUCUCUGAAGUUGACCAUAACUACCUGCUCAAAACAAUGCGGAGCGAGGAUGUGGUGAUGUUUGACGAUGACGACCAUUGUUCCGAAGAGGAUUUUGAGGAAGUGGACGAAGAGGAUGAUGACGAAUUAGAGGUUCUCACGGAAUGGCGCGGGGACAAACAGACACACAAUUUCUAUCGGAAUUCACAAUUGGAAGUUGGAAACGUUAUCAACAGGUCGUACGUUGUGCGGGGAGAUAAGGUUGGCGUCUUCAAGAAUGGGGACGAUAUGGAGUACUACACGACAAUUUCUAACAUGGAGGCUCCUGACGGUACCAAGUUGGUUCCAUCUUCUGUUAUGUUGCACGAGGAAGAUAGAGCUAUGAUUCUUCAGGACCGGGAUAAUCCGGAGAAGUUGUUCCAUAUGGAUAUUGAGUACGGCAAGGUCGAUGAGUGGGAUCUUUGCAGACCUGUUGUUGACUUUGCGCCAGUUAGCAAGCAUGCUCAGACUACAAAUGAGAAAACACUGUUUGGCGUUGCGUCCCGAAAUAUGUUCAGGAUGGAUCCCCGUUUGAGCGGAAGCAAGGUCGUCGCUGACGAGGAAAAGCAGCUCACAAGUGUUAGCCCCUUCACCACGAUCGCUACCACUGAGCAUGGGUAUGUCGCGGUUGGUUCCGUCAACGGUGAAAUUCGACUUGUCGACAAGAUUGGAAAACGUACAAAGACGACAUUGCCUUCCAUGGGAGACAAGAUAUUAGGAUUGACAGUUAGUGCUAAUGGUCGAUGGGUGCUUGCAACAUUCAAGACAUACUUGCUACUGAUCGAGGUUGCGAAUGAGACGAACAAUGGCUAUACACACUCGUGGCCAAAGGAUUCCAAACCUAAGCCGCGCCGUUUACAGAUCUCACCAGAAAACACAGCAUACAUGUUCCAAAACACCCGCGAGCCCAUCAGCUUCACACCUGCACAUUUUAAUUCUGGAUUUGGUGUCGAGGAACAAAGCAUCGUUACAUCCACAGGGCCUUAUGUUGUUACUUGGAGUUUACCGAAAGUGCUCAAAAACGACCCGAGUCCAUACCUGAUCAAACGGUACGACAGCAAUGUGACGGCUAACAACUUUAUGUUCGGCACAGACAAGCGUCUCAUUGUGACAUUGGCAGACGACGUUGGCAUGCUUUCGAAAUCAGCGCUUCGCGAACCCAACCGCGAUACUCUGCUCGAUCUUCCAUCAACUAAACGUAAAUCUUAG